CACAGUUGGCUGCCGGCUGGGGUUGUGAUUGCCGGCCGGGGAAGAUUUGGUGAACUUGUGAGUGAAAAGGACGUGAUAUUCCGGAAUGCAGUGACCAAUAAUAGAAGGGCCACGUCUCCCGAAGUCCGACUACGCCCUGCCAUUAUUUUGUACUCCAAGAUUAGAUUUGUGCGCCGGCAAAGACACAGGAGACUUCGCAAAGCCAAGAAACAUUUUAGUGUACAGAUCAGCUGAAAUCUGAAAAUGGCAGUGAACAAGAAAUAUAUGGACUUGUACCUCACUGAGGUCUACAAGAAGUUCAUAGCUAUAAAGGACGAGGACUACAGGAAGUCACAGGAUAUCUUUAAGAAGGUGUUCGACCAGGUCAAACAGAAAAUGGGCGAAAAUUGCAACUACUUCAGCAAGUACAGUAAAGAGGUCCUAUACGGCGGGAGCGUAUCCGACGGCUUAAAGGUGUCCAAACUGGACGAGUUCGAUAUGGACAUCGUGAUCCGCCUCCCCAUCAACUACGAGCAGGGCGACACCGGGAUCUGCCUCGAGACGGACAUUCCCGGCUAUGUCAGGAUGAAGAUCGCGAAUGCUUUCGACCAUUUGGAUAAACAGCCGGAUUGGGAGAAGUGUCAUAAAGUCACCAGAGAGUGGAGGGACAACGACAAAUACUUCCUCCAGAACAAGUUCCGCGCCUGGAUGCACGGCAUAGUGCAGCGCGCCGUCAACGACAUGAAAGGGGAGGUCCGUGUAAACGGGGACCUGUACCUGCUCACCUACAAGUCAUCUGGCCCUGCGUUCACUUUGAAUGUGAAGAACGGACCUGAUGUAGCCCCGUUCAAGUUGGAUGUGGAUCUGGUGCCGGUUAUAAGGUUUUCGGUGCCACGGUGGCCUGAAGGAUACAGACAGAUGGAUGGCAGCCAGAGUCGCGACUGGCUGGUGGUGCCGAAACCCAACAAGGGCCUCGAGGACACGCAGCAGAACCGGUGCUGGCGGCUCUCCUUCCAGGACUUCGAGCGGGACAUGAUGAAGGGGUGCCAGCAGCUGAAGAGCACCAUACGAUUGGUAAAGAAACUGCGCGACUCACUCGGCCUCAAAUACAUCGCCAGCUACUACAUCAAAACCCUCUUCCUCUGGAAGAUCUCGCAAGAGAACGACCGCAAAUACUGGCAGAACAAGAUCUCAUACCUCUUUCAGACCAUGCUGGAAGACCUGCACGACGCCAUCGAGAGAAAAGACAUCAAAUACUACUGGAAUGAAGAACUCAACCUCAUUGAGGGCUUAAGGCCGUCCUUGCAAAAACUCUACGCCGAAAAGUUACUAGAAGUGAUCAAUUCUUUAAAAGCAGGCGCUAUUGAAAAAGUUGUAGCCGCUUUGCUGAACGCUGAGGAACUCGCAGAAUACAAGGAGUCUAAGUUUUAUGAACAGCAUUUGGCCGUUCUUAACAAUGCUACGCUCAAACACCAGAGUUCAGUGAAAUCUGUGAGUAGCAAUUGCAGCAAUGGGAAUCUGGAUGAUGUUGACGCAAGAGCCAAUCAAAUUGACGCGAUCGGUCUGAAAACACUUAUAUCAAAGAUGGAUAAGUUGUCGGACAAGUUUGAUAAAAUGAGUGUGUGUUUGUUGGAUAAAGUUGAUGCGUUGUCGGAUAAAGUGGAUGCUUUGGCGGAUAAAGUAGCGUUACAGGAGAUGAAACUGGAGGGUUUGGGUAAAAAGAGGGUUGAGAAUGAUAUGGUUUUGAAUCUUCUUGGCGCUGAUCCGCUGCCGGGGGUUUUUGCAGAUGUGGUAGAUUAGGCAAACUU